CUUUGCCCUGAGUCUCAAGAAAAUACUUGUUCCGAACUGCGAAACCGUUGCUUCCAAUAAACUGCUCAAACUAGUUAAAUUAGGCCUAGCUGUAUCUAAAUGUAGGUGGCCCGACUUCUAACUAAUUCCUUUUCAGUUCUUGAAGAUUCGAAUCUCAAGGAUCCUACUCAGAGUGCACAUUCCUUCCGAUCCGGUUCUCAAUUUGAUUGUAAGAGAGUUUAUGUGCUUUUAAAUAAUCAUUUAUUAUGCGAGUCCACGAACUCAUAUCUCACGUUUUCUAUCAUUGUUUCGGUUUAUGCUAUUUUGCAUCUUGGUGUUUCGUCAUAAUUGGACAUUUUUGACCAACUUUAAACGAUGUUUUAGCCAGAAUCGCCUGUGCCCUUCUAAGCGACACCUUAGUAGGAGUUUUUCGUCUACAUCGGCCGCGCAAUAGACAUUUUUGCAAGAAGAUAUUUCUUUAGCUGGUUCGGGUUUUUAAUUUAUGGAAGGAUUUUGAGUCGAUUACUCUUUCACCAGACGGGUUUCAUUAAACCAAAAGCCAUUAACCCAUAAGUGGUGUACUACGUCCAAGUUCCCCUUUUUAUGUACACUUUUGAUGGAGCUCCGAGUUGUUUGUAAUUCGAAAGUUAUGAGUUUCCUUGAUUUUGAUGAUUGGCUUGCUUUUUGCUGCGUUCUACUAAAAUGGUCAUCUCCCCAUUCCUCACUUGUAUAUUUCAGCUUCGUUUUUUUCAACUCUGAACAAUGCCCAUAACCAACAGCAGCAACAGCAGAAUGGAACUUCAUCGGAAUCUUCAGCAUUCAUCGCCGGCGCAGCCCAAGCAAUCAAGUUAGAGCCGGGUGAAAGGGACCCAAAUGCGUUUAAUUUCUCUUUUACUACUUACCCACGACCCUGGGCUCAGGCAAGUUCCCCAAUUAGCACACCUAUUCGUUAUUGACAUAUUUACAUAUUCGGAUUCAAAACUAAUGGUUUAUUCUACCCGCAGUGUGGGGUACUUAUCACAGAGUUGUUUCGCAAAGUAUAAGGCAUAAUGAGGUAGUCUUGUUAGUACAAGCCCUUCUCAGGGAUCAAGUAUUUCGUUUUCAAAAAAGACACACUCCUUCUGUAGACAGACUUACUUGAAAUUGUCGUGUCCCCGCAACAACUCUUGCGUACGUGUUUACUGAAUUGACACACUGACCGAGGACGCCAGUUUUAAAGUCUUUCGAUCUAAAAGUUACCCUCUUUUACAAAAUGCAGAGGCCCCGCAGUGCCCUUUUCUCAUCUUGUGUAACAUAGGCGCGACCUCAUAACUUGCGUAGGAUCAGGUAUUUACUAGAACUUCGGAGUCUGUUUACCACAACUUUCCCUUUCGCCUCAGACUUUACGACUUCUAAGGCUAGGUUCGGUUGAAGCCUUCACAACAGGAUAAUCGGUUUAUUAUCCUCACUAUCCCCGUAUCAGUCCAGACUUAUUCGAUGCCGGCCUUCAACCUCUAAUGCAAUUUGUUCUUCCAACUGCAUGCCGGCCUGACUUGGGACUCUUGCCCAAGUUAUUUGGUCGUUGAGUCCUUGAGUCAUACGCUCUGUCAGCUUACCUGCGUGUUUGCGUUCUGUCGGCAGUGUUCGAAAUCGCAUGGGAGUGUCUUUCACUGGUCUGUAUUAACAGCAACCUUGCACGCGACCGAUUCCGUUUUGUUUUGAUUCUUAAAUAUAGAAAUAUCGCAGGCGGUCGCACAACAACAAAGCAUAAACACUCGAGUAGUGUUACCUAUAAAGGAAAGGGAUAAUAAAAUAGGCAUUUCUGACCUUGAUGUUUUCAGAUACCAAUACACCAAGUAUGUUCUGGAACAACUUAAAAUUUUAAUCCGGGCCAAUUGAUUAUCGAGCAUCUGACCUUCACCCUCUAUCCUCUGAGCCGUGAGAAUCAACUGUUUUUCGUACAAACGUCUGAAAAGAUGGGUGGGCACCACCUUCAGACAACUUUGUUUCGGCCCCAGCGAGCUUUAUUCUUCAAAUGGUUGACGGAAAACUGCUUUAAUUUUAUAGGAAGCUACUCAAGUAGCUGAGAAUUUGAUUGCUUCGUCACAUACUAUCGCUUUCUCAUCCUUUUGACACGCGAUUGCGUCCAAUAAUAGGGGCAGAUUCAAAUGCCGUUUUCCAAUGGUUCGUCUAUGUCGUUCUAUUUUCUCUGGUGGUUCACUGACAACUUUUAUCGUCAGGUCGUGCGGGAUUGCAGCAGAAGUUUAGGCGGUAUAUAGUAAAGGCAUAAUAACUUCCACACUGACUCGUACUCCUGUGAGUUUUCCCGUUAAAAGUAAGAUCGAACCAUAAAAAUGGAGGUUCACGCAGACUACCCUGUUCAUGUUCAUGGGCGAUCCCAAUUUCUUCGUCGUUUCUCCUGCACACAUAAAGCAUACUUGUUGUGUCCUGUGUGGCUUUUUUGCCUUUCGACUGCACCCAAGCUUUUUAGUGCGCCUACGGCCACGCUUUUGUCCUCUGACGGUAUUGUGUUUCCUCCAUCCAUCUUUUUGCAUUCUGAAAAUAGAAAUGCUCCGUUGGCGGGCCAUAAAGGAUGAGACAACUCACCGCCAAACUAGGGCCGCCAUAAUGGUGAUGAUUAUGUUCACGAUGGGAAAACAGAGUUAUGCUUCAUCAUUAUUUGAUAUGAAUAUAGUGCCGCAGGCGAGGAUUUCAGUCUUUGGAUAAUAGAACGCAAUUUUCUCUUUUGUUACCGGUGCAAUAUGGAGUAUUGCGUGCAAAGUUCAUUGACUACUUUGACGGGCACAUUUGGUUGUUGGUCUCCACUGUUUCAGAGCGCGUUUACCGAUAUCUGGCAUAGAAAACCCCUACAGACUAUUUUGUUAGGACGUCUAUGACGAACUUUGUUCGUAUGCUAAAAGCGUCCAAAGAUCCAUUAUGCUUUACGUCAGGCUGACCCCGUUUUCGUGCACAUGUGCUUGGCACUGGGUUUUUAUCGGUUUGCUGCAACACUGGUUUAACCAGCCCAAACCCUUUCCUGCAACCAUCGCCUAAGUCCUCGACAUUUGUCAUCCAGAUGGAGUUCUAUUCUAGAAUAUCGAGGACCGUGGAACCCGGCAUUCUCCCCAAAUUUAUUGGAACCACAUCUGGCCACUUCGCUAGUUUACCACUAGCGUUGUGGUGGCGGCAUUAACUUGGCCAGCACUUCGCUGGACUGACUUUGCAGAUGUGCUCCUCUUCAGGUCAAUGGAUCAGGGCAUGAUUGAACUGUACGAGACGUUACUAGUUUAUCGCUAGGGCGUGUCUCCGAUCGGCAGCGGAGUCCCACACUUGAUCCAUGCAUCGACGCCAUAUUAUUAUCUGAAGAUAUUACUUGUCAGACAUACCGAUCUUCGUCAGGUCAGCAGUUGGUGGGGGCCAGGUUUUGCUGUCAGAGAAUGACUGCGUCGACUUCAUCUCCUACAUUAGUCUUUAUCUUCUGCUGAAUCUUACGACAGAGGAACGGAGGUAGACAAAUCAGUCGACCACUCGAGCCUCGUACCAGCCCUCCUGGACGGGCGGCGUAAUGCAUGCUGAGCACAGACAUCGAACAGUACGGAAGGAAGCAGCCACAUGAACGCAUGAUUUUCUUUCCCGGCCACUCCGGGCGUCCGCCCUUGGUGCAAAUUUGGAUUUCCCUCACCUUACCCCUUCACGCAGUAUGAAACCUAGGCAAAUAAUUAAGUUCGGCGGUUCUCCAGCAUCAUUUUAUGGGAUUCGAAUGGCUCUAAGUGUCACCCGAAGGCAUACCAAGUGGACUAAGAGUAUGCCAACCGAAUGGGGGAUUGAAAGCUGAUAAAGAGGACGAACGACACGCGGCCAAUCAGAGAUGUUUUAGUAGAAGGCCAGUCAACAACAGCUUGGCAUACAAGUGGGUCGUACGAUAAUUGCUAGGGAAGGACUCAGCUUUUGAUCAGGAAGAUCUUAAUCAUAGAGUGCUGGGAGGGCGUCAGGGUGCAGCGCUGGCGCUACUUCGACUACAAAGUCCGAAGAAACCGAGUAGUUAUAUACUGUCUCCGUUCCGUACAGGAAUAACCUGGGGUGUCUUGCCAAAGAGAGUCUGAAAUAUGUGUAUUCACACUAUUUGCGAUCCAGCCACGUAGAACCCACACACAUAUAGCAGUGGUUAGUGUUUCCGCCGGUAGCCAGGACAAGUAACUUCCACUUUUCAUCGACCACGUUGAAACCCCUCGAUACUGAAUAGGGGCGCCAUUAUGCGUAAUUUGAUGGGUUCCAUAUCGGUUAUUAGCCGCAUCACGAAUGAUCGAUUCAAUUUCGGUUGGUUGGCGGUGCACCCCCGGGCAAAAGUUGGUGAGUUGGGACAAUCAUUCUGCAAUCAGCGAGUUCGGGCAACACUCAGAACUAACUCUGCCGUGUCCUCGCUGUCACUGGUUUACGCAAAAGAUUAUAGAUUACGAGACAAAGGAGAUUCUAUUUACCUGGUAUUCGUUGGUCGGUUACUAGUUAAUUGGUGUAAGCUGGGCCGGACAGUAAAGUUUCAAAGAUCGAGUGUGACAGUGACUUUAUCCGUGUACUCACGGCUAUUGCAUUGUCCUCCCUGUUCUGUCCUUCCACUCCUCUCUUUCACUUCUUUCUUCUCCUUCCGUUUUAAUUUUCGUCUGAUUUCGUUUCCUGCUUCUAGUCCACCUCUGCCUGUCAUCCCUCCUUUUUAGUGUUUUUUUGCCUCCUUUCGUCUUUUCCUUUUGCUCUCCCGCGUUUCGUCGUCAUCGUUUGUUUCUGUUCUUUGUUCUCAUUUUGUUUUUCUGUUAUCCUUUACUCCAGUCUCUUCGCCUUGUCCUUUGCUUGUCUCCGUUUUAUUUUCACGUUUGUAUUUUUUCGUCGUGUUUUCCCCUUUGUUCCCUCGUCUCUAGUCUUCGUCUUUUCAUACCCUUCCUUAUCGUCCGUCUAUCCUCUCUCGUUUCUGAUCUCUUCGCCCUUCUCUUCCUAGUCCUUCCUUUCAUUUUUUUGCCAUUGUUUUUUGUUCUCUCCCCUUCAAUCUGCCGUCUUCUCACCACUCGCAUUAUCAGCGACCCUUCUCUUUUUUUCUUCGUUUUACACACCUUUAUUAUUUUUUUCUUUUCGUAUUGCUUUCGACCUCUCUCUCUCUCUCUCUCUCUCUCUCUCUCUCCAUUAUCCAGUUCUUAUUUUAUUGUUUUCGCUCCUUCAUUUCAACUCUGUCUUUGGAGGCUCAUCUGCUAUUAUCUAACUGAGCACGCAUAAGUUUUUACUGGGGGUGGUAAUUGCAGUCUCCCGUAACCGUCUCUAGUGAAAAUAACUUGCAGGGCGUCUGCUGAAAUUGCAACUUUUUUAGUAAGACAGAGAUCGCUCACCGAUCGAAUUGCGGGACCUUCUCGUCCCGUCGUGCCUUUCGACGCAAUCUAGAGCAUCGCCAGGAGCCGCACAGUCCCAGGGGUUGCAAAACCUGGGGCUGGGUGUGGCCGACUGAUGACGGCUGAUAAGCCAAAACUGGCCAUUUCAGUCACUUUUGUCCUUUUCAGUAGUUCUUUUUAAAAAAACCAUCUCUCCCAUGUUGGCGAGCAUCGCCUUCGUGUCAAUGCGUUAACCAUGACAAGACAAGCUGUAGAAUGCCUAAGGGUUCCAUGAAUCCCUGCAUGCCCAGCGGUUUAAAAGGAAUCAUGAUUGAGCUGAUACGAUGCACCUUACUGAAGACGAGGAGUCGUCAUUCGAUUUCCACAACCUCUCGCCUGGUUUAGUUUGAUCCACCUAUUGAAUAUUGGGUCGAUACUGGAGGUUGUAGGGACUACAUGACGGCCGUGGAACCCCCUCUACUUAGACAGCUGUGAAACAAAGCCUAAAGUGAGUUAGCUCUGUCUCGCAAGAAAAUUCUUUUAGCGAAGUCAUAAAGCCAUGCCUCAAGUGUGCGCGUCUCACAGCCGCCAUCGCCACGUCUUCGUCACUUUGUUGCAUGCGGGCUCGCAUGUAUGCUGAGUGACAUCUUUGCCUCCGCAGUUUGAACUUUAUCACCGGCAUAAUUCAGAAGUGCAGUAACACCCACCGCGGGUGGGUCUUUUCAUUGCUCUGACGAGCAAGUCACCACCACCACGCCACCACCACCACCACCACCACCACCACC